AUGAUUUAAUUUCAUUAACAAAAGUAAAAAAUAUUAAUAUUUUUAGAAAAAAAAAAAAAGUCAUUAUCAGAACCUAUAUGGGAUUUAUUAGAAAGAGGAGGAAAAAGAUGGCGUCCUAUAUUAUGUAUAUUAAUUGCUGAAGCAUUUGGAAAAUAAUUAGAUGAUAUAAAAGAAAUUUGUAGUCUAUGUGAAAUAGUACAUAAUGGAUCUUUAAUUGUAGAUGAUAUUGAAGAUAACAGUUUAGUUAGAAGAAAUAAAGAGUGCAUUCAUUUAAUUUAUGGUGUCGACAUAAGUUUAAAUGCCGGUAAUUUUAUGUAUUUUGCUCCUUUUUAAAAACUUUUGACAAGUUUAAGAUAUACAGACAAAUAAAAACUUGAAUUUGCAAAAAUAUAUGCUGAAGAAAUGACUUUGCUACAUGUAGGAUAAGGAUGGGAUAUUUUAUGGCAUAAUAUGAAUAAAUUAUAAGGUAGAUUUCCUGAUAAUAACUAAUAUUUAUAAAUGACAUCUCAUAAAACGGGAUGUUUGGCAAGACUUUCAAGUAGAUUGGUUUGUGCAUAUUUGGGUUUAAAUCAUGAUUAAUCGAAAGCUUUAUCUACUUUUGCAGAAAAAAUAGGAGUAGCUUUUUAAAUAUAAGAUGAUAUUCUUAAUCUUGAAGGUAAAGAAUAUUUAAAAACUAAAGGAUAACUAGGUGAAGAUAUACAUGAAGGUAAAAUGUCUUUAAUUGUUAUUCAUUGUUUAGCUUAAAGCAGUUAAGAAAAUAAAAAAAGGUUAAUUGAAAUAUUAAGAAUGCAUACAAAUGAUUAAGAUUUAAUUAAUGAAGCUAUAUAGAUUGUAAAGUCUACUGACUCAAUAAAUUAUUCUAGAUAAGUUGGAGCUUAAUUAGUAAAAACUGCAUGGGAGGAAGUGGAAAAUAUAAUUCCUGAAGGAAAACCAAAGUAGCUUUUAAAACUUUUAGCUGAACAUAAUAUAGAAAGAUAAGUUUGA